AUGCCGCAAGCUGAAACAGCUUCAGCUGAUGAAGAAAUAGAGACUAUCGCAAGGCUUGUUCAGGAAAAUCAUCAAUGUGCCGAUGAUGUUGAAGUAAUUACAGUCAAACCUGUAUUAAGCGCUUACCCUUGGGAAAUAGCUUACUGGCCGCUUAAUACAGGUUCGAAUACCUACAUACGGAAAUGAAGAUCAGGUGGAAGAGCGAAGAUCUAUCCGCCCCCUUUUUGGCCUUAAACUGUACAUGAUGGUACAUCUUGUCGAAGUGACCGUUUAACACAGGUGAAGACAAUACGAAAUAACUUGUUGGGGCCUCGGAAAAGGUGACCGCGGCCGCCUAAUAGAAGUGCCCGCUUCAAUAAAGGUCUGUUUAACAGUAUUUAAGGGAAACUAUUUUCGGGACUUUGGUAGCGACCGCUUAAUAGAGGUCCGCUUAAUUGAAUACAGGUUUAAAUGGAUAAGAAUGACGCCAUGAGAAGUGAUCAAAUAUUAACAGAGGACGUUAAAGAUAGGGCCUCUGGAAAUGAAGAGAAAGCGGAAUAAAAUAAAACUACUCCGACGAAAACGUAAUGGAAUCAUAAGAUUUGAAGUAACGGACACUACAGAACAAGCAAAUGCAAACCCUGAGUCACCGACUGUGUAUUAAAUAUCUGAAAGAAAAAAUAUGUUUCCCAUCUUCAUCCCCUACCUCCCCCCCCACGCACCUCCCUUCUUUGUAAUGAAGAGUUGGUGAUCAAAAUUUCAGCCAGAAAAAAGGCUUCCGAAAAUUCUAGGUGACCUUUUCAGGCAAAAAUUGGUUAAAAUGGGCAAUUAUACCAUUUUUUAGAUGUUAGAAAAUCCUAGGAGAGGCAAGCAAGCAAGAAAUUUUACAAGAAAUGUGCCGAAAAUUCUAGAUCUCAAAUCGUCUUCCGAACAGAUAUUUUCCGACGUUGGGUGCCCCUGACAAUAACUGACAUCAGAGUAAGUAGGUGAGAAUUUAGCCUGCGUGCAGACGAUAACUAAACUCUGAUUAGUACCGUCUGCGAAGCAGUGCAGAGAUCUUUGUUCUGGACCCCCAACGGACUCAACGAAUUACCGGAAGUGCGUUUCGAAUUCCCCUUCAACCUGAUUGGCGAUCACGACAAACAAAACAAAGGCCUUUUUUAACUGGCCAAUCGGGGCGCGUACUCAAAUCUGGGUACACAGCUGGAAGUCCAGAACAAGGAUUUCGGCGCUGUUUCGCAGACGGAGUUAACCAGAGUUUAAUUUCGUCUGCGCGCAGGCUAGUGAGAAUUGAGUCAAUACUAGCUUUACUGGGUCUUCAGCCCGGGGGGGGUACUCGCAGAAAAAUUGGGUAGGGGUGUGCGGCCCGCUUCCCAAAACCCUUACCCUAUUUAUGACCUAAAUCUGCGAUUUUCCCUACCCUAUUUAUGACCUAACCAAAAAUUUGAUACCCUAUUUAUGACCUGACCCUUAAAUCAAUACCCUGUUUCAGACCUGCCUUAUAAUUAUUUCCCUAGUUCAGACCAAUGUUAAAGGCAAUGUUUAUCUGCUUUUAUUAGGUUAGGGGGACAUGAUAAGGAAAUAGCUUCUUCUAAAAAAGUGCAUUCAAGACUACAGUGCAAAAAUCGUUACCCUAUUUAUGACCAAAAUGGCGGCAAAAAAGCCAAAAUCGAUACCCAAUUUAUGACCAAAACGGCUGAAAAACCCUACCCUUUGGGGCCGCACAUACCUAUAUAGCCCAUAUUAGGGAGUACCCCCCCCCCCGGGGUCUUCAGUGACUUUCUGAAAACAUCUCACACGCAGCCCACAUUAGAAAAAAAAUGCCUACCACGGAUCAAUUUCCAAAGUUUCAAAAGCUCUCAAAAGCUGACAAGCAGAACUUUCUUCUCAUUAACAACUAAAUUUUGACAAGAGAACUUUCUCGGCUUCUCAUAAAAGACUGAGCGUGAUAGCUAUUCAUUAGCGAAAAAUAUUUUGAUUGACGUGUUGUUUACGAUCCUGAGGGUUUUUUUAAAAACACCUUCUCUCUGGCUAACUGGCGAAGGUGUUCUAGCCUGUAUAACAGGUGCUUUGAGCCAAGCAAGGCAAACGCGGCUUUUUGCGAGAAGCUCGAAACGGAUCAGUUUCCAAAGUUCCAAAAGGUCUCAAAAGUUGACAAGCAGAACUUUCUUCUCAUUAACAACUAAAACGAGUUGACAAGCAGAACUUUCUUCUCACAAAAGACUGAAUGCGUAUUUUCUCUUAAUUAAUGAACAGCAAAAGGCCAGGAAUAUGUCAAGGAGCUACUGAAUAAGUUGAAGUUUUCUAGCUAGCCCGAAGAAAACCUAUUCCUGAAAAGCAGCUCUGAUUCCUUUCUCUUGACUAGAAAAUACAUAUCCCUGGGUACAUGUACCAGAUUUUUACCAGCAACGAUUUGCCGAGUACGUGACUGUUCAUGACUGUUUUGCUACACUGAGUGAGAAGGUGACGAUAUGAUGCUUUCAUUGACAUGAGUUCCUAUUUCGAUGUGUCUAAUUUUUAAAAGCUUCGCCGCGUGAUAGCCGCUUAAGUGAUAUUUUGAUUGCCGACAUGUUGUUUAGUAUCCAAACGGUAGAUAUAGGCAUAUUUUUAUCCCCUAAAAAUUUUUCACCUGUUCGGAUUUCCCAGCUGAAAGUCUAGUGAUUCGAAAAUUAUAGGGAUCAAAACUUACCUUUUCGAAAAUUUCAGCCAGAAAAAAGGCUUCCGAAAAUUCUAGGUGACCUUUUUAGGAUAAAAAUCCGUUAAAAAUGGGCAAUUAUACCAAUUUUUUAGGUGUUAGAAAAUCCUAGGAGAGCUAGGCAAACAAGAAAUUUCACAAGAAAUGUUCCGAAAAUUCUAGAUCUGAAAUCAAGAGGGGGAGUUCCUUUUUCGAUGUGUCUAAUUUAAGCUUGGCCGCGUGAUAGCUCUUCUGAUAUUUGGAUUGACAUGUUGUUUAGGAUCCUGAGGGUUUUUUAAACACCUUCUCUCUGGCUUAACUGGCGAUAGCCUGUGAACAGGCCUUUUGUCGCCAACCGAGAGCCUGUUCACAGGCUAAACUGGCAAAGGUAUUCUUAGCCUGCAUAACAGGUGCUUUAUGAGUCAAGAGAGGCGAUAGCCUGCGUGCAGACGAUAACUAAACUCUGAUUAGUACCGUCUGCGAAGCAGCGCAGAGAUCCUUGUUCUGGACCCCCAACGGACUCAACGAAUUACCGGAAGUGCGUUUCGAAUUCCCCUUCAACCUCAUUGGCGAUCACGACAAACAAAACAAAGGCCUUUUUUAACUGGCCAAUCGUGGCGCGUACUCAAAUCUGGGUACACAGCUGGAAGUCCAGAACAAGGAUUUCGGCGCUGUUUCGCAGACGGAGUUAACCAGAGUUUAAUUUCGUCUGCGCGCAGGCUAGAGAGGCGAACGCGGCAUUUUGCGAGAAGCGCGAAACGAGUGCAAAGUGCGAGACGACGGGUGGAUAGCCUGAGAACAGCAGACGUAUUUCCGGUCGUCGCUUCUUUCCUGAAAAGCGACGCCCUGAAAUACGUCUGCGGUUCGCAGGCUAGAAUCCAGGCGGCAAAAGUAAGAUUUGGUCGGUCAAAGUCAAAGUAAAGUCCAAACACAGCGGCGAGAAAGGAAAUAGGGAAAACGUGUUGUUCAAACAAAUUCCAAGCUCACGAGCUUUUGGGUCGUGUUUGGCCUGUCAACACUUAAUUUUAAAAAGUUAGUAUUAAAAUCAGGCUUUUUCUAAACCUAGUUGGAAGCAAUCCAAGAACAUCUCUCUUAAGCAAUAAAUUUAACUGACAUUUGUUUUUCUUUGUAUAGGUAUUUUACUUUGAGUAAAAAAAUAAGAUCGAAACGAUAUAUGGAAAUUUGGUCGGUCAAAGUCAAAGUUAUAUCCCCGGGGGGGGGGGGGUACUCGCAGAAAAAUUGGGUAGGGGUGUGCGGCCCGCUUCCCAAAACCCUUACCCUAUUUAUGACCAAAAUCUGCGAUUUUCCCUACCCUAUUUAUGACCUAACCAAAAAUUUGAUACCCUAUUUAUGACCCUUAAAUCAAUACCCUGUUUCAGACCUGCCUUAUAAUUAUUUCCCUAGUUCAGACCAAUGUUAAAGGCAAUGUUUAUCUGCUUUUAUUAGGUUAGGGGGACAUGAUAAGGAAGUAGCUUCUUCUAAAAAAGUGCAUUCAAGACUACAGUGCAAAAAUCGUUACCCUAUUUAUGACCAAAAUGGCUGAAAAACCCUACCCUUUGGGGCCGCACAUACCUAUAUAGCCCAUAUUAGGGAGUACCCCCCCCCGGGUUAUAUCCAAACACAGCGGCGAGAAAGGAAUGAAGGAAACGUGUUGUUCAAACAAAUUCCAGGCUCACGAGCUUGAGUCGUGUUUGGCCUGUCAACACUUAACUUAAAAAAGUUAGUAUUAAAAUCAGGCUUUCCCAAACCUAGUUGGAAGCAAUCCAAAAACAUCUUUCCUCUUAAGCAAUAAAUUUAAACAUUUCUUUUGUUUUUCUUUUAUUUCUGGAACAUUUGGAAAAAACCCUUAAGGAGCCAGCUUUUAGAUAAUUUUGUAAAUACUUCUUAGUUAAGUUUAAAAACAUUGUAAUUAUAGUAAUUAGCUAACAUUGUACGAUUAGUAUUAGGUUAAGUUUUGUAAUUAGUUGUUAGAAAUAAUGUAAUAUAAUCAUUUUUCCUGAAAAGCGCCUUUGGGGAGGUAAACAAUUAUGUAUGUAUGUAUGUAUGUGUAGGUAUUUUACUUUGAGUUAGAGGGGCAAAAUAUCGAAACGAUAUAUCGAAAUUUGGUCGGUCAAAGUCAAAGUUAUAUCCAAACACAGCAGCGAUAAAGGAAUGAAGGAAAACGUGUUGUUCAAACAAAUUCCAGGCUCACAAGCUUGAGUCGUGUUUGGCCUGUCAACACUUAACUCAAAAAAGUUUUUCCAAACCUAGUUGGAAGCAAUCCAAGAACAUCUUUCCUCUUAAGCAAUAAAUUUAAAUAUUUCUUUUGUUUUUCUUUUACACUCUUUUUUUUCUAUAAGAAUAUAUUUUAUAAGAAUAUCCAGGCUGAAAUUUGCGAAAUCUUAAGAAUACUUUAAGAAUAAACUCCAGGCUGAGAUUUUGAAAAGAAUAUAAUUUCCUGUGGUGAAAAUCUGUAAAUACACUACAAAUAUGCCUUUUCAAUUUAUUCCUUUCUUUAAACGGCAAAACUAGCUAACUAUAUUUAACAAAACUAUAAUUCUAAUUCGGAAAUGUCAUAAGCUAUUAUUAAGAAUAAUACAAGAAUAUUUACAGCCUAAAAUCGGCGGAAAAGUAAGAAUAUUCAGCCUGGCCCUGGAAAACAACAUACUUAAAAAAAAAAAGAGUGUAUUUCUGGAACAUUUGGAAACAACCCUUGAGGAGCCAGCUUUUAGAUAAUUUUGUAAAUACUUCUUAGUUAAGUUUAAAAACAUUGUAAUUAUAGUAAUUAGCUAACAUUGUACGAUUAGUAUUAGGUUCAACUGCUGUAAUUAGUUAUUAAUAAUAAUGUAAAUAAUCAUUGUUCCUGAAGGGCCCCUUUGGGGAGGUAACAAUGAAGUAGGUAUGUAUGUAUGUAUGUAUGUAUGUAUGUAUAGAUAUUUUACUUUGUGUCAGAGGGGCAAAAUAUCGAAAGGGUAUAUCGAAAUUUGGUCGGUCAAAGUCAAAGUUAAAUCCAAAAACAGCAGCGAUAAAGGAAUGAGGGAAAAUGUGUUGUUAAAACAAAUUCCAGGCUCACGAGCUUUUGAGUCGUGUUUGGCCGGUCAACGCUUAAUUUGAAAAAGUUAGUAUUAAAAAAAAGGCUAGUUGGAAGCAAUCCAAGAACAUCUUUCCUCUUAAGCAAUAACUUUAAAUAUUUCUUUUGUUCUUCUUUUAUUUCUGGAAAAUUUGGAAACAACCCUUAAGGAGCCAGCUUUUAGAUAAUUUUGUUAAUACUUCUUAGUUAAGUUUAAAAAUAUUGCAGUUAGUAUUUAGCUAACAUUGUAAUUAGUGUUAGGUUAAGUGUUGUAAUUAGUUGUUAUAAAUAAUGUAAUAUAAUCAUUGUUCCUGAAAAGCCCCUUUGGGGAGGUAACAAUUAAGUAUGCAUGUAUCUAUGUAUGUAUAGGUAUUUUACUGAAGUUAGAGGGGCAAAAUAUCGAAACAUGGAACUAAAGCUUUUAAAAGACCCUUUAGCGCCCCACCCAUGAGUCGCUGAUGUCACAAAUCAAUGGUCUCUAAGCUCACUCAGUUGAAAAAAAAUUUUUUUUUCAAUUUCCCGCCUGGUUAAAUAUGUAAGUCAAGAACAAUCAGGCCCUUUGUCAGUUCACAGUAAAACCAACGGCAAAUGUCAGUUGUCAGUUAAAUGUUAGACGAUUUGUCAGUUGUCAGUUGAAGUUUUGGCCAUUUGUCAGUUGUCAGUUGACGUUUUGGCCAUUUGUCAGUUGUCAGUUUACUAGCCUCCCCCGCAGACAUUCUUAGGCGUACGUAAUGCGUUCCUUCCCCAACCAGACCCUUUUUCAAGAAUACCUUAUUUUUUGAGUCUAAAAAAUGAGUAAAUAUAAGAAGGGUGAAGAACAAAACAUGGAGGGUCUAAUCAGCGCGUUAGAAUCAUACAAAACGUUGAACAGGGAAGAUGAAUAAGCAAACUUUUUUAAUCAAUGAGUUUUAAGCGCUGACCUUAGUGGAUAGAGGAAUAAAAGAUGUACUGUUUACUUCCCAAAACAGCUUUCUACGAAAAAAAAAAACAGUUUCCAGAAUAAAACCAAACGCUUUGUAGUUUGCACACUCGAGAGAAAUACUGACAAGUAAUUGACAAUUGCACUUUGCAACAAGUUUUUUGAGCUGUACAACUACUUGUUUACGGGAUGCCAAAUGCAUUAAUUAGAGCUCUCUCCUAUUAUUAGACUUUUAAUUAUGCAUCUCAAAUCACUUUAAAAGUCUGCUUAUUUUUUCUGCUUGAGCAGAAGAUGUUCAGCUUCGUUUGAGCUGCUCCGAAGACCUCGGGAAGUUUCCACAAUCUUGUUAAAAGGUGUGCAAAGUAAGUGCUCUCUUUAUUUUGUUUCACGUUCCUCUUUAUAUUCCCAUUAAGGUGUGAUAUGAAGGGCUCUAGCUGUUGUCUAAGGCAGGGCAGGGAGUUUCUCAAAGAAUUUUUUGGGGAGAAAAAAUCCUAGUUGUGUGCGCUGCAGUUGAAAUCGCGUCAACCUUCAAGACAUGCCUUUAAAGAAGUGCAGCGCACUUUUCUUUCUUGAAAUUUUACAUAGCUUCCACAAUACCAAACUUAUCAGUUAGAUUAUCUACCUGGAAUCUCUUUCACGAUAUUCGUUAGCUUGUUGUUACAUCUGGUCUUCAGGCUUGGUCUUGUGAGAAAAGAAAGACACCCUCAGCUUUUGGACGCACAAUCAGAAGAGGGGGAGGGGUUGGGGGAUGCUAAUAACCCCUCCCUUGUUCAUUUUUUUUUUGGCAGCUAUCGCGACCUUGAUCUCUCAUUCAGUCACAAAGCUGGCGAAUCCAGCCCGAACAGAUAAUUAUUCUUGACAUAGCUUUUUCUCGUAGUUGUUACUGCACCUCACCCAUAUCUGCCUCUUCCACCCACUCAUCUCAAAUAUUUUUGUUUUUUCUUCUUUCAUUUUGUUUUUUUCUUUUAAUCCAAGACAGCUAAACGGAGAUAACAAUGAAGAUCUUAGCCAUUUUGGAGUUUGCUCUCGUGGCUCUAUGUAUUCUGGGAAGUUUUGUUUCAGGUACAAAUUUUAUUAUCUCUUUCUUCAUUUAUUUAUUUAUCAGUUUAUUUUCAAACGGUUUUGUUACCUCAGAUUGAUCAGGAACACAAUAAGCUCUCACAUCUGAAUUUCAUGUGAAUUUAAGAGGACCUUCACGCGAGUUUUGUUUUAUGCGGUGGUCAUUUUGAAGAAGGACUAUACGUAUUAGGCUUGGAACAAGUUGUGCGUGAGUCUGGGGUGAGAAAUCUUUAAAAACUGCACGGAACAAACAUUCUCGGACGAACCAACUUCCCAUCACUUUUUGGAUUUCCGAAACGAAACAAUUACCCAACUGUAGGAAGGUUUAUCAGUUAUUGACCAUAAAGGCAAAAUUCUUCAGUGAUGUCAAAGCGCUGAAGGAAUCUAGUUGUUGAAGAACAUAGUUCUCAAUUUGCACGUUUUAGCUAGAUGUGGCCCUCAGCUUAUUAUGUUCUCAUAUCGUUUUCAGCCUCACACCUCAAGCCCAAGGAUGAUCCAAGGGAGGCAAAAUACAACAGACGACAUUUUCGUAAGUUUUUUCAAGAUUAUUUCCACUCAUAAUCGUAUACAGGGUUCUCACAGUAAGCCCAAAGUUUGCCUCUAGGGCUCUAGGGUUUAGUUCCUCUCUGAUUUGUUCUCUGAUUUGCCAUACUUAAUCAUACUUUGUCGGAAUUUGUGUUGCUUUGUCUUACUUAUCAGACUUUGUCAUACUUUGUCACACUUUGUCAUACUUCCUUACACGUUCUCAUACUUUGUCCUCCUCUGUUUACUUUUUUCUUUGGUUACCCGUGAAAGGGAAAGAAUAAGUAUUAAGAUUCGCACGCCCCUCUGAGCCGAGAAAACCAAUACAACUGUCGGAAAACGCAUUUGGUAACUAAUCUCAUGAUACAGAAAUAUGUGCUUUUGAUCCAGACUUGAGAAUUCUAAUUGUUUCUAAACACGAACUAGAACAAAAUGCAGUAAGUUAUUAUUUCGUCUACAAGUCUUCGAGCAAGUUAAGGCUAUUGUUUCUAAAAUCUUAUUUUCUUUUCAGCUGGAAUGAUAAAGUCGAACGCAGGUAGAAGAGAACAUUUUGGUAAGACUAUGCAACUUAUUUGUUUUCAUAAUAAACAUGUUCACUUUCCCCUACAAAGAACACGAGAGUUCAUAAAAAUCCCUUGAGUCGCUUAUUUGUCUGUAAAGGUUCGUUUUAGAAUCGUUAUUUCACUCAUUUAAACAAUAGCUGGGGGCAUGAAAUUUGAAAUUUGAAAUCUCCCGCCUCGCAUUGCUGUAGACACCAUCUGUUGUCUCUCUCACGGUGAACAGAUGAUCGCUAAAACUCAUAAAUUUGUAAUUCCGUCUGAAGUCUUGCAUAAUUGUGAUUCAGAGUUCACUGGAUUAUUUCCUUUUUUUUUCAGAUGACAACUAUAAGCCUACGGCAGACCUAGGAGAAGCAGAGUACAGAAACGAACAUGAGGGUAAGCUUACUCAUGAACAAAUUAUCUGACGUCCUCGCGUGAUCAUGUACAAUUUCCUACAUAACGAAAGUUAAAUAAAAUCAGUUUCGCUGAUUGUUUUACUUUGCGGAUCAUUCAGAUGUUCACCAGAGUAAACUCCAGACCCCUCUUCAAGGCCCAGUUGUACGAAGUCCGAUUAGCACUAACCCGGGGUUAAAUCUUAAUCCGGGUUCAGCAUUUCCUCGGGUAGUGUUUUCUAUUCUUUUUAGGGUAUCUUAUCAUCAAAUUGUAGACGAAAAGAAUUAAACUGAAUUUGCUUUUUCCGCGUUUAUAUCUGAGAUCAAAUUUCGCACCAACCCCGGGUUAUCUUAUCUUAAUGUCCUUCUCAUGGUGAACAGAUGAUCGCUAAAACCUAAAUUUGUAAUUCCGUCUGAAGUCUUGCAUCAUUGUGAUUCAGAGUUCACUGAAUUAUUUCCUUUUUUUCAGAUGACAACAAUAAGCGUACGGCAGACCUAGGAGAAGCAGAGGACAUAAACGAACGUGAGGGUAAGCUUACUCAUUAACUGUGAAAUUAUCUACGGGGGGUGACAACUCUAACAAAGGCUGUUUGGGCAGUCCUAUGAAUAACUUAAUGUCCUCCCGGAAAUUUCGUCGACCCUCCCGAAUUUUUCGGUGGCAUUCCCCAUAAAUGUUUAACUUCCCAAAAUUGUUUUAACAAUUAAAAGUAAAAUUUUGAUUAGCAGCUUCUUGUUAAUUAUGUAACUUGUUAAUUAUCUAAACUUAGUUAUUUUUUCGUUAGAGGGUAUCAUGUUAACUCAGAAAGGCUGUCAAACUUUUUAAGUAUAUAAAAUCGUGUUUUUUUGUUUUUUAAUCACCGACGAAUCAGGCGAGCACUGAAGGGGCCAACCACUAGGAGGGUCUGGGGGCAGGCUCCCCCUGCCGAAAUUUUGAAAUCUUGGUGCUCUGAAACGCCAUUUCUAGUGUUCUGAGAGGACAAAUUCUGUCCAAAAUGUUCUCUAAAUCAAUUGUCCUUUUUAUGCUUAUUUUUAUUGGCGUGACCUCGCGUAGAAGUAGUCGAUAUAUUUUAUACAAGUUGUGCGGUUUUUGAAAUUGCUCUGGAAAUCACUUUCAGCUAAGUAUACUCUGUGUGGUGUCAUUGUAUGAGUAUCAUAAGAAUUCAUUUGAAAAUUUCAGAACAACUGUCGAAAUCUGGAAUUUUCCUAUCCCGAACACAUAUCGAUCGGGAUUCGGGAUUUUCGAGCAAAAUCGGAAGGUCCCCAACGAGAUCAGGAUGAUUAAAGAGUCUUCACAGACAUACUACUUUUUAUGGCCUCAUGUCCGUUUAACAAAGUUAAAUGAGUUUCGUUUUUUUCUUACGUACUUCUAACUAUUUUUUCAAGUUUUCCAGUAUGCAAUCAGUGGAAUGUGCUCUUAAAACUCAUUAUUAACAUGCAGCUUAAAAAUACCCCUGAACUAAUGUAUGAUGGGAUCUGGUGUGAAUUGAUAGUAUCUGCCUUGCACCGGUACGGUUCUUGUGUCAAUCCGCUGGGGAUUGCAUGUGGUCAAUCGCACUCGAACUUCAUGCUAUUUUAGUUGGAAACGUUUCUGAUUGGUCUUUUCAUAUCAUGGGGAGUUAAGCCGUUUUCAAGUGUCAAAAUACAUAGAAUACAGUGUAUCGGUACAGGGUGCAUGUCACUGUAUACAUAUUGUUUGAUAACAUGUAAUAUCAAAUCUUUGUUCAAUGUCCCGAAAAUAUCUCAUAUUUCCCGAAAAAUUUCCCAGGUUUCCCGAUUCCCGGCAAAAUCUCCAGAUUCCCGGAAUAAAUUUGUUUUUCUCCCGAAACAGCCCUUGUUAGAGCUGUCACCCCCCGUAUUAUCUGACGUCCUUGCGUGAUCAUAUACAAUUUCCUACAUAACGAAAUUUAAAUAAAAUCAGUUUCGCCGAUUGUUUAACUUGGCGGAUCAUUCAGAUGUUCACCAGAGUAAACUCCAGGGCCCAGUUUUUCGAAGUCCGAUUAGCACUAACCCGGGGUUAAAUUUUAAUCCGGGUUCCUUUUUCUUUUGAUCAACAGUAUUUCAUCGGGUGGUGUUUUCUAUUCUUUUUAGGGUAUCUUAUCAUCAAAUUGUAGACGAAAAGAAUUAAACUGAAUUUGCUUUUUCAGCUUUAAUAUCUGAGAUCAAAUUUCGCACUAACCCCGGGUUAUCUUAUCUUAAUGUCUUUCUCAUGGUGAACAGAUGAUCGCUAAAACCUAAAUUUGUAAUUCCGUCUGAAGUCUUGCAUCAUUGUGAUUCAGAGUUCACUGGAUUAUUUCCUUUUUUUCAGAUGACAACAAUAAGCGUACGGCAGACCUAGGAGAAGCAGAGUACAGAAACGAACAUGAGGGUAAGCUUACUCAGUAAUUGUGAAAUUAUCUGACGUCCUUGCGUGAUCAUAUACAAUUUCCUACAUAACGAAAUUUAAAUAAAAUCAGUUUCGCCGAUUGUUUAACUUGGCGGAUCAUUCACUAGAGUAAACUCCAGACCCCUCCUCAGGGCCCAGUUGUUCGAAAUCCGAUUAGCGCUAACCCGGGGUUAAAUUUUAAUCCGGGUUCCUUUUUCUUUUGAUCAACAGCAUUUUCUCGGGGGGUAUUUUCUAUUCUUUUUAGGGUAUCUUGUCAUCAAAUUGUAGACGAAAAGAAUUAAACUGAAUUUGCUUUUUCAGCUUUUAUAUCUGAGAUCAAAUUUCGCACUAACCCCGGGUUAUCUUAUCUUAAUGUCUUUCUCAUGGUGAACAGAUGAUCGCUAAAACCUAAAUUUGUAAUUCCGUCUGAAGUCUUGCGUCAUUGUGAUUCAGAGUUCACUGAAUUAUUUCCUUUUUUUGGCAGAUGACAACUUUAAGCAUGAGGCACACCUAGGAGAAGCAGAGGACAGAAACGAACAUGAGGGUAAGCUUACUCAUUAACAAAUUAUCUGACGUCUUCGCGUGAUCAUUUUUUUUUUUGUACAAUUUCCUACAUAACGAAAGUUAAAUAAAAUCAGUUUCGCCGAUUGUUUUACUUUGCGGAUCAUUCAGAUGUUCACCAGAGUAAACUCCAGACCCCUCUUCAGGGCCCAGUUGUUCGAAGUCCGAUUAGCGCUAACCCGGGGUUAAAUUUUAAUCCGGGUUCCUUUUUCUUUUGAUCAGCAGCAUUUCCUCGGGUAGUGUUUUCUAUUCUUUUAAGGGUAUCUUAUCAUUAAAUUGUAGACGAAAAGAAUUAAACUGAAUUUGCUUUUUCAGCUUUUAUAUUUGAGAUCAAAUUUCGCACUAACCCCGGGUUAUCUUAUGUUAUUGUCUUUCUCACGGUGAACAGAUGAUCGCUAAAAACCUAAAUUUGUAAUUCCGUCUGAAGUCUUGCAUCAUUGUGAUUCAGAGUUCACUGAAUUAUUUCCUUUUUUUCAGAUGGCAACAAUAAGCGUACGGCAGACCUAGGAGAAGCAGAGUACAUAAACGAACAUGAGGGUAAGCUUACUUAUUAACAAAUUACUAUCUGACGUUCUUGCGUGAUCAUAUACAAUUUCCUACAUAACGAAAGUUAAAUAAAAUCAGUUUCGCCGAUUGUUUACUUUGCGAAUCAUUCAGAUGUUCACCAGAGUAACUAGACCCCUCUUCAGGGCCUAGUUGUUCGAGGUCCGAUUAGCACUAACCCGGGGUUAAAUUUUAAUCCGGGUUUAGCAUUUCCUCGGGUAGUGUUUUCUAUUCUUUUUAGGGUAUCUUAUCAUCAAAUUGUAGACGAAAAGAAUUAAACUGAAUUUGCUUUUUCAGCUUUUAUAUCUGAGAUCAAAUUUCGCACUAACCCCGGGUUAUCUUAUCUUAUUCUCUUUCUCACGGUGAACAGAUGAUCGCUAAAACCUAAAUUUGUAAUUCCGUCUGAAGUCUUGCAUCAUUGUGAUUUACAGUUCACUGAAUUAUUUCCUUUUUUUUUCAGAUGACAACUUUAAGCGUGAGGCACACCUAGGAGAAGCAGAGGACAUAAACGAACAUAAGGGUAAGCUUACUCAUGAACAAAUUAUCUGACGUCCUCGCGUGAUCAUAUACAAUUUCCUACAUAACGAAAUUCAAAUAAAAUCAGUUUCACCGAUUGUUUUACUUUGCGGAUCAUUCAGAUGUUCACCAGAGUAAACUCCAGACCCCUCUUCAGGGCCCAGUUGUUCGAAGUCCGAUUAGCGCUAACCCGGGAUUAAAUUUUAAUCCGGGUUCCUUUUUCUUUUGAUCAACAGCAUUUCCUCGGGUGGUAUUUUCUAUUCUUUUUAGGGUAUCUUAUCAUCAAAUUGUAGACGAAAACAAUUAAACUGUAUUUGCUUUUUCAGCGUUUAUAUCUGAGAUCAAAUUUCGCACCAACCCCUGGUUAUCUCAUCUUAAUGUCUUUCUCAUGGUGAACAGGUGAUCGCUAAAACCUAAAUUUGUAAUUCCGUCUGAAGUCUUGCAUCAUUGUGAUUCAGAGUUCACUGAAUUAUUUCCUUUUUUUCAGAUGACAACAAUAAGCGUGAGGCAGACCUAGGAGAAGCAGAGUACAUAAACGAACAUGAGGGUAAGCUUACUCAUUAA